UUGUGGUUGAUAAUUCAAAAUUAUAAUUAGUUUCCAAGUUCCAACAUAGCAUUUUUAGAUUUAUUAUCAGCCCACUUGGGCCUAUUGAAAUUUAUAUAUGAUCAGAUGCAUAUAUGUCGUAAUUCGUAAAAAAUAAACCAGACGGCGGCGAAAAUGGAGUCUCCGCUCCACAACCCUGCGCUCACCGGCAGGCAGUGCGGCUCGAAAGUGAGUCAGAUGAUACACGCGCCGCUCCCUGUGAUCUGGUCCAUGGUGAGACAAUUCGACAACCCACAAGCCUACAAACAGUUCAUAAGGAGCUGCCACCUCAUCUCCGGCUACGGCGGCGCCGGCAGUGUUAGGGAGCUGAGGGUCGUCUCCGGCUUGCCGGGCGAGAGCAGCACCGAGAGGCUUGACCGGCUCGACGAUGAUCUGCACGUCAUGGUGUUCAGUAUCGUCGGCGGCGAUCACAAGCUCGUGAAUUACCAGUCCACCACUAGUUUGCACGAAGAAGACGACGGCGGCGUGGGGACGGUGGUGGUGGAAUCUUAUGUGGUGGAUAUUCCGGCGGACAGCUGUAGGGAGGAUACUUGCUUGUUUGCUGAUAUGAUAAUCGGCUGCAAUCUUAAAUCACUGGCCAAGAUCGCUGAGAAAAUGGCGUGCUGUGUAUAAUUAAUUUCACAAAGUAAUACUUUUCUUUGACGGUUUUCCAUUUAUUUUAUUUUAUUUUUUAUUUUAUUUUUAUUUUAUCUGUUUUCCGCCGCGCGUGUGGGUUGGUUUUUGUCUUUCAGGACUUUUUCACUUGUAAUGGAAAUUAUAAUUUUCAUAGAUAUACGUUUGUUUGUGUUAUUAUCCAAAGAAUUAUCAAUUUCUUCCUA